UCAGAGGAAAAAUACAGCAAAGACAGGAAAGGAGAAGACAGAAAAGAGAGGAGAGAGGGGUACUUGACGUGGCGUCAGCAUGGUCUAACAAUUGUCUGGAUGUGAAAAGCUCCUCCCACCUGCUCUCACCUCCACUGUCCUCUCUGUACCCCCCUGAGUCCGAUGGCAAAGCAUGACCCGAACGAUCUCCCUCCUCCAUACUACUCUGUUGCGGUGCACACCCAGCCCCCCCUCAAGCCCUACGAGGAGGUUGUGUAUGGAGGAGAUGGAAGUGUGAAACCCCCCAGCCAGCUGCAGUACAUCCCCCAGUAUCCUCCACCUGUGGCAGCUCCAACCAUCACACAGCCGAGUACACUGCACAGUACCAAGAGGAGGAGAUGCUGUCAGAGCAAUGCCCAGUGUUUUGGAGGGUCAGGGGGCACCAUAGUGUUGGUAGCCCUACUGGCACUGGCCAUCUGGCUCGGAGUGCGUUAUGGCACCAGGUUGGCAACAACAGCUAUACUCUACAACGGCAGUGAGCACAACGAUGUGGGGACAAAUGAAAACCACCCUAGCAUGACGCAUGACACCUGCUCCAACAAUACGGUCGAAUGUGAUGCAAAGAAAGACUGCCAACUGGGCACAGACGAAACAAGCUGUGUGAGGUUUGGCCAGGACAAUGCUCUGCAGGUCAAGACAGCUCAGGACGGUCGCUUCCUCCCAGUGUGCCACGAUGGUUGGGACCAGAGCUACGCUGACCAGACCUGUGCUCAGCUAGGCUUCAGAAGGUCUCAUGCCACCAAAGCAGUUGAUUCCCAGGAGUCCAUUGGACUAACAUUGGCCAGCAGAUCAUCUCAGCCUAUUCAGGGUCUGGUCAGUGUCAGCGCUUCCUGUCCAGACAAGAAGGCUGUCUCCCUACAGUGUGUGGACUGUGGUCAGCAGAGCUCUACAUCGCGGAUCAUAGGGGGCAGCAUAGCCAAGGUGGGCCAGUGGCCUUGGCAGCUGUCGCUCCACUUCCGCGGAUUCCACACGUGCGGAGGGGUCCUGAUCUCUCCUGAUUUUGUGGUUACUGCUGCCCACUGCUUCCCAAGGACCAACCCUUCAGCUCUGAAUGUAAGGAACUGGCGUGUGUAUGGAGGAAUGGUGUCUCAGGACAGUCUGCCUGCACCCUAUUUAGUGGAGAGGAUCCUCCUCAAUGAGAACUACAACAACAAGACCAAUGACCAGGACAUCGCCCUCCUCAAACUAACUGCACCCGUCGAGUUCAACAAUGCGGUUCGGCCAGCCUGUCUGCCAGCCUUUGACCAGAUAUUCUCCCCUGGAACCAAAUGCUGGACCUCAGGCUUUGGCACCACUGAAGCAGGAGCAGCCAGAGGUUCCAAGGACCUGAUGGAGGUGACAGUGGAUAUUAUUGACAGAACAGUGUGUAACAGCAGGAAUGUAUACCGUGGUGCUGUGUCCAAGAACAUGUUGUGUGCAGGGGACUUGAACGGAGGCAAAGACUCCUGUCAGGGUGACAGCGGAGGACCUCUGGUGUGUCAAGGAAACGAUCAGCGCUGGUACGUGGUGGGGAUUACCAGCUGGGGAGAAAGCUGUGGUUUGAGAAACAAGCCUGGGGUUUACACCAACGUCCCUGAAGUACUGCCCUGGAUCUACAGCAAGAUGCAGCAAGUGAGGCCAUGAUGUCACUUCCUCUGUCGUGGAAUCAGCGCACCCUUUCUCCAAAGACCGCUGGCGGCCUGCUUCCCCCCUUUCCCUGAUGAUCCCUUCACUAUGAAGUCGUCUUAGAGGGAUGGACAGAUUUAAAGAAAGACAGAUGAACAGAUGAAGUGAUAGAGAGAAAGACAGACAGACAAAGGGUUGAAUUUUGGCUUUGGGGAAUAAAGCAGGAAGACAAAAAUGCACUUUAACACAGGACGGCUGUCUUAGUGUUUUUCCGUAAGCUUUAUCUGACAAUGAUCACACUAAGACCGUGUGUUGACUUUCUCAACACACGCUGUUUUGUGUAUUAUCUUAAUCUAAUUAUCACACACUAAUCCGUGCACUGACUUCAAUGUUGCCUUUUUAAAGAUUGCAUGCCUCCAUCUCUUGAUCUCUCAUUAUAUUUGCAAUGUUUCCUUACAGUUGUAGGGAGCCUUAAAGAUGGGUGGCCUUACCCUUGUCUGUGCCAUUACAACACAUUCUGCUAAUUUGUGAUCUGCUAAUUUUGUAUUAGAAUUGGUUUGUGUGUCACGCUCCCUGACAAAAAGAUCAAAAUCUAAGACUGUUGAGGUGUGUUAAUUCUCAGGUACACAUCUUAGGGCACACCAUCAGUGUUGACUGUUAACUGUCUGAAAGAUUAAGAGGAUGAGGAAACUCUUUUUUUUUUUUUUUUUUCAGGGGAGAUUUUAUUUCUAUGUCCUCAGUAAACUGUAUGUGCACCUAAAAUAACCUCUUCUUAUGCUCACACUGUGAAACUCCUCAAAAAAUGUUAUUUUCUGAUUUUUUUUCCACAGUGUACUGUGUGUACUGAGUGUUAUAUAUAUGCACUGUUUAUGUUAUCCAUUACAACUGACUGUAUUUGUGUAACACUAUUGUGUAUGGGGCCAUAAGGUGUAUGAAUAAAUAAGAUGAAAACACUGCGAA